AUGGAAGCCUCUCGUAUAUUUCUCGGGGUUAUCAUCCUAAUCCUCAUCCUCUCUCCCGACAAUGCUGCAAAUGUAUCCAACCGAGACUACAACAUUAAAGAUAUCGUCGCCGAGGAACAAAGAUGGUUAGGAGAGCUCCAGAACUCGACCUACGGAAAUGUCGGAAACCUGACUGGUUUUGCAGGAGGGUGGUGGAGUCCAGAGGGCAUGGGAAUGGUACGGACGAGAGUCAGCCACAUGAUAGAUGAUGUCUUCAAUCGAGCAAAAGCAGACGAUGCUCCCCCGCCGGCACGGAACAUACUAGACGAUACUGCAGUCAAGAGGGACCUUGGAGCCGCGGACAUGGACACAGACGGCGAUGAUACUCCAUCCCCUCCAGAAUACGAACGGGCGGAGCCCAAUCCUCUCGAAGGAUCUGAAUUGCCGAUGUAUCGGAACAUCACGGGCAUGCUGAACGGUGACUGGACCCGUCUUGAUGUACCGGGUCUCCAUCGUCCUAUCAUCAAUGAAACCUAUCAACGGAAUGUCACAAUUGACAAAGGCCGGUUUUGGAUGAUUGUGAAGGAACGACAGCCAAAGCCGCAUUUUGAGGACUUGCAAGGGGUUGUCCAGACCGUCUCAAUGACUAUGGAACUUUAUAAUGACUGGGGUGGUCGUGUAGGAGGCCAGGCAGUUGAUGUUAGGAUGCAGGGCGUCCACUUCGUAGAGUCUGGCCUCCUCAUAGGCGCCACUAAUAGCAACAAAUUCGCUGGUGUCUUUGGGUUACCGCAUCUAACACCAUCUAAUACAACUUAUAAUCUAAUUAAGAAGCCUCUGAACGAUUCUUUAUCCCAGCAAAUUGGCGAACACCUCGAAUCUGGAGACGAGUACCCGCCAUGGAUUCCUGUCGACGAACAGUAUAUUGGAACGCCCCCUCUCCAAUGUGAAUUCAUCGUCUAUCUCCAGGUACAUCCGAUUAAGAUGCAUCCAGAUGCUUCUUGGUUCACAGAGCUCUCUCAGCAGAAUAUCGUUGAUACCAUCGAACGUGAACUCCGCCACAGAACUGGGGAGUAUAUUCCCAUAGCUCCACCGUCACUUGUGGGGUCGGCCAUAAUCUACUCUCCGGACUGCUCUUUCGUGCUAUCUACGGAAGCUGCUACCGGCCUUAAGCUAGAAUCAUACUUUGAUCGGAUUUCCAAUUUCGCUCUAAAUGCUUGUCUUAUCGUCGCCUUCGAAAUAUACUUUAUGGUUCGCCAAAUGAAAGAAUCAUCGACUCCGUCAACCCUGUCACGUGUUUCCUUUUGGACAAUCGGAAUUAUCUCGCUUCUUGACGGCUAUGUUGUCAUAAUAUUCAUAGUGACCGCCACUCUAGUGGAACGCAGUUCCCUUGCUCUCAUCGCUGCUGCCUUCUUUUGUACAGUCCUAGCCGGGUUUUUCGGAAUUAGGUAUAUGUUGAUGAUAUAUCGAGUUCAACUCCCAGAGCGACGGGCAGCACAGGUGUCUCCUCCACAGCCCUCGCCAGCAGCCGCGGCUGCACAGGCUGCAGCUGCGCGAGCAUCAGCUACGGGUACUCUUCCGUUACCGGCUACUGCGCGAACGAACCCGACUCCAAUCAAUACUACGCCUCCCCCCGCAACCACCAUUCGCCAAGAUUUCUCCUCUAUAAUCACCCGAUUCUAUAUGUUCCUCGUGAUCACAGGGUUUCUUUUGAUCUACUCCAUCUCUCUUCCUUUGUUCCUUCGCAAUCUGAUUCAACGGAUAGCGCUUUUUCUUUCGCUUUCAUUCUGGGUGCCACAAAUUUAUCGCAAUACGUACCGUAACUGCCGCAAGGGCCUCAAAUGGGAGUUUGUCUUCGGAAUUUCUACUUGCAGGUUGGUUGCUGUCUUGUACUUCUACGGUUACUCCGACAAUAUUGCAUUUUCACGGCCCGUCAAAUGGAUUUGCUGGGCCAGUAUCGGGUGGGUGUGGUGUCAGAUAUGGAUGCUCGGAGUUCAAGAAUUAUUGGGGCCUAGAUUUCUGGUUCCAGAGGGCUGGUUCCCACCGGCAUAUGAUUAUUAUCCUAUACUGCCAGCCGAUGACCUUGAAAGAGCACUUUUGGGCGAGGGCGGAAGCCCAGUCAGCCCGACUGCCACUAAAGAAGGUGGUAGUGGAGGCUAUGGAGGAACUGGAAGCGGGAGAAAGGGGACAAGGGUAUUUGAUUGUGCCAUCUGUAUGCAGAGUGUAGAGGUACCGGUGGUUCCCUCGAAUGCACAGCACGGCCAUGAAGUUGGUAGUGAUGGUGGCGAUGGUGCAGGUGGAGUCGUAGGUGGAUUACUUGGGCAGGGAGUAUAUGUCGGACGAAGAAGCUAUAUGGUUACUCCAUGUCGGCAUGUUUUCCACUCUGGGUGUUUGGAAGGAUGGAUGAGAGUUAGGUUACAAUGUCCCAUCUGCAGGUAA